ACUCUUACCAACACUAUAUGUUGAAAUGUCAGCUGUUUGGGUGUGGCAAGUCACCUGAGAAAUUAAUAUCAAUAGUGUAACUAACAAACUAAGGUGUGUUUUUUUUCACUUCCAGUUGUAAAUCAAAUUUCUUUACAUUAAGACACAAGGCAGUCGCCACUUUUACUACCCUGUCAAAAGGAAUUUAAGAAUAACCAGAAACAAAAACAAAUCAAAUUUGGAUCAUAACAAGGCGAAGAAAUGUCGAAAUUGGGUGCUGCAUCGGACCUUGCCAAACGGAACUAUUUCACUAACCAAUUGCUGUAUGUCCAACACGUCGAUAAAGAAAAAGACACGGCCAGUACAAUCUCCGAGCAAUCCCUUCACGAAUAUUUACUGAACAACAGCAAAACAUUUUCAGACUCUCGUUUUUCAGAGUACUUGGGAAAUCCUGAAGCAAAUGUCGACAUUCUGAAAUCAUCUUUACAAGAUGAGAAAGUUGCCACCGCACAGGUCUUCACCAAUCCACUUCCAAUCUCUCUUAAAUUGGACGUCGCGUGUCACGCUUUCGUCUUUUUCGUGACUUGGAACUUAAAAACGAACAAUGUGAUGUGCUAUUCCAUGGAAAAGAACGGGCAGUACAUAGUUCUGCAGCAAUCGCCAGUCAAAGAAGACGUCAUGUAUAAAUUAUAUGACCCUGAAAAGAAGAUACUUGUCAAAAGACUUGGGCCGGUGAAACGAGAAAGUUUUGCUAGAGGCAAUGGAAAGGAACUUGAAUAUUUAAUACGAGCCAUUUGGAAAACCAAUCAGCUAACUACCAAAUAUAACCUUCUGUUUUCAAACUGCCAACACUUUGCUGAAUUUGUCUUUAAACAGGCAAGUUAUGGGGAAAAGAAGUGGUCGACGUGGAUUAGUUCUGUGGUCGACCGAAUCGGAUUGAGAAAUACGAAAACCAAGUCCGAAGUUACAGGGACUGAGUCUAAAUACACGUCGAAUUUAGUUGACGGAAAAGGUAUCUUUUACAAUGCCAUGAUUAAGGGAAGGCGGAAGGACUUUGAAGACCUUGCCGGUAAAUUGACAAGCGAAUCUUUAAACAGCGUCGAUUCCCUAGGCUACACGUUACUUGAAUGGGCCACCGUUUUCUCUACAUCCGAUUGGCCAAUCGAUCAGUUUUUAAUAGGAAAAGGCGCCAAAAUUCAAACAGACGAAGGAACGUUUCGGCGCAAUGUGUUUUUCAUCGCCUUGAAAUUCCUGCACCCAGACAAAGACGGUCAAACUCCCUCAUUGGCAUUUGAUGGCGUUGACAUUGGUGGCGUGAACCAGUCGGGCGACACGGCAUUGCACUGGGCUUUGUACGGGGGAAAAGGGCAAACGGCCAAGAAAAUUCUCAGCCAGCUCAAAAAUUACGACGUCAACACAACCGAUUGCAAGGGCGACACUCCACUUUAUCUCGCCAUUCGACUCAAACGUGAAUUUGACUUGAUCAAAAAGAUUUUAGCUCGAACCAAUUCGGAAAACGUCAACAAACACAACGAACACGGAAACACUGCUCUUCACUUCGCCAUUCUAAACCAGUCCGAAGCGGUGGUCGAGGAACUGCUCAAGCGAAUGGACGUGGACGUCAACGUCAAAAACAACAACAACCACACGGCACUCCAUGUCACUUCUAUGUGGGUGGAUAUUCCAAUCGAUUGGUUCAGAGACAUUUUACGAAAAUCAACCGAUGUCAACGCACAAGACCAAUGGGGAAACACUGCACUUCAAACUGCUAUUCUGGGAAUGUCCAAAAGAGCGGUCAAGGAACUGCUGAAACACAAUAGCGUGGACGUCAACAUAAAAAGUAACCAGGAACAAACGACACUUCAUUUCGCUUCUGAGUGGAGAAAUAUUCCAAUCGAUUUGUUCAGAAAAAUCUUGGAAAAAUCGACCGAUGUUAACGCACAAAACGCAAAUGGAAACACUGCUCUUCAAUUGGCAAUAGUCAAAAAAUGUGAAGCUAUGAUUAAAGAACUUGUCAACCACAAGGAUGUGGACUUGAACCUCAAAGAUAACGAUUACUGUACAGCACUUCAAUUAGCCUCUUCAAGAAAUAAUGUUCCAGUUGAUUUGUUCAGAAUAAUCCUAGAAAAAUCAACCGAUGUUAACGCACAAGAAAAAAACGGACACACUGCUCUUCACUUGGCAAUUGCAUUAGAAAACAGAACUGCGGUGGAGGAAGUGCUCAAACACAAGGACGUGGACGUGAAUCUAAAAAAUAACGACAACCAAACGGCACUACAUUUAGCUUCGGUAUGGAAAAAUAUGUCAGUUGAUUUGUUCAGAAAAAUCUUGGAAAAAUCAAGCGACGUUAACGCACAAGAAAUAGACGGACAUACUGCACUUCAUAUUUCUAUUAUUUACGAGUCAAAAAGUGCGCUAGAAGAAUUGCUCAAACGAAAGGACGUGGACUUUAACUUAAAAAAUAACAACAACCAAACGGCACGUGAUUUCGCCUCUUCGUGGGAGAAUAUACCUGUUGAUUUGCUAAGAAUAAUUUUAGAAAAAUCAAACGCAAAAGACGAAAAGGGAAAUACCGCUCUUCACGUUGCAAUUAUGAACAAGUCUAAAACUGUGGUGGGAGAACUGCUCAAACGAAGUGAGUCGGACGUGAAUCUCAAAAAUAACGACAAACAAACGGCACUCCAUUUAGCUUGUUGGUGGAACGAUAUUCCAAUUGAUUUGUUCAAAAUAAUCCUAAAAAAAUCAACCGAUGUUAACGUACAAGAAGAAGACGGAGACACUGCCCUCCACAAUGCAAUUGUGUUCGAGUUCGAAACUGCAAUUAAGGAACUGCUCGAGCGCAAGGACAUUGACGUUAACAUAAAAAAUAAUGACAAGCGCACGCCACUUCAUUUGGCUUUAAUAGGCAAGGGUUUUCCAAUUGAUUUGUUCAGAAUAAUCUCGGAAAAAUCAACAAAUGUUAACUUGCAAGACAGAGACGGGCAUACAGCUUUUCACUUGGCGAUGUCUCGACAGUCCACAACUAUGAUCGAAGAACUGCUCAAACACAGGAAUUUGGACGUGAACCUCAAAAAUGACGACAACCAAACGGCACUACAAUUCGCUUCCGUAUGGAAAAAUAUUCAAAUUGAUUUGUUCAAAGUAAUUCUAGAAAAAUCAACCGAUGUUCACGCACAAGAAGAAGACGGAAACACUGCUCUUCAUCUUGCUAUUAUGUACAAGUCCGCAACUGCGCUAAAGGAACUGCUCAAAUGCGAAGAAAUUGACUUAAAUCUAAACAAUAACAAAAACCAAACAGCACGCUUUUUGGCUUCUUUGUGGGAAGAUAUUCCAAUUGAUUUGUUGAGAAUAAUCCAAGAAAAAUCAUCAGAUGUCAAUGCCCAAGACGAAAGUGGAAAUACUGCUCUUCACUCUAACGAAAGGAUGUGGACGUGA